CUCAACGAAUUUUUUCUAAUAUUAACAGAACUAACUACUCUAUCGUUCUUAAAAUGUCCCAAAAGAAAUUAGUAAAACGCGUCAACAGCUCCAAAAAUCAAUACCCACCUGCAUCGCAUCCGAAAAAUGAUAACCAAAAAAUAAAGGACAAUUCAUUGGUAGUUCUCGAAGAAUUAGUCCAAUGCAGCGUCUGCUUAGAAAAAUUAAAGGACCCGCGCAUUCUUCCUUGCCAACACUCGUUCUGUUUCGUAUGUUUAAAAUCACUCGUGACAGCUAAAAACCUCGUCAAAGUAGGAGCCCAGUUGGAAAUGUCCCAGAAUAUCAAGGCUAUGUCAUGUCCUGUGUGUAAAAAGGAAGUUCCACUAACAAACGGCAUCGAUUCUCUAGCCGAAUUACCCAAGAAUUUGCAAGCAGAAGCCAUAUUGAAACUCCUCAACGGCGAAACGGCGAAUUCUUCAUCCAGAAACGACGAUUUUCGAUGCGUGAAAUGCCAGACGGUUUCCGAAAGACAGAAAGGAGAGCACAUUUGUCAGCAUUGUUUACAGAUUUUCUGUUCGAUAUGCUGGAUGGAGCACCUGUCGGAGCUGGACUCCAAUCUCAACAUGCUGAUCAAGCAAAUGGAAGAGGCCCGCUCCAGAUUGGAGCACAAAGGCCAGAAUUUCGCCGGCAGGUGCGAUCAGGUCAUCGACACGAUCAAGCAGAACAUUAAGGAGAAAAUCGAGAAGAUCAAACAGUCGGAGGAACGCGUUCUCCUCGAAAUGGACUCCAUCAAGCGGGAGAGCAACGUCCUGCGCGACAUUAUCUACACCAGAAUGGAUGAACUCAAAAACAAAAUCGAAGUGGCUAUUAAAGACGACAAGCAGAGCAAACACAAGAUCAGUAAUUAUAUGAACGUGCAUCGAGAAACAGCGAAGCUCUUCGAAGAAAUCUACCAAUACGGCGAUGCUAGGAUCGUGUUCGACUCGGACAAAAUCAAAAUCGAUCAGGACAAAGAAGGAAUUUACCAGGACAUUAACGACAAGGAUAACGCCGUCGAGGAGAGCGUCGAAAACCCGUUCAAAGAUGUCGCUUCGAUGGUCAAACAUUACAAAUCCCGGAGCUUCGUGCCGAAAUUGUUGUGGUCCAAGUGCCCGAGACCCGAAGGCGUCAACAUACCCCCGUGGGACCCCACUAAAAUCUACGUGGCCGCAACCGAUACGAAAAACAUCCUGGUUAUCGACAAGCAGAAGUUUAAGUUGAUCAAGAAGAUCAACAACCCGGAGAUGCUUUGUCCGACUAACAUAGCUUUUUCCAAAAAGUACGAGGAAAUGUUCGUUACCGACAGGUGGAAGAAUUGCGUGCACGUUUUUUCGAGCGACGGCGAGUACUUGACGAAUUUCAACGAAUUCGGUUUGAAGAGGCCCGACGGGAUAGCCGUUGGGCCCGAUGACGAAAUUAUCGUCUGCGAUACCGGCAACAACAGGAUUUUGGCCAUUAACAGCGAAUCUGGAGAGGUGCUUUAUUCCAUUGGUAAUGGAAAGCUCCAUAUACCUACGAGCGUAGCCGUGCACGGGGAUAAAUUAAUAAUCGCCGAUACGGGCAACAACAGAGUUAAAAUCUUCAACAGGGAAGGCGAUUUGUUGCAGGAAAUCGGCGCUUUCGGCAGGAACAAAGGCGAAUUUCGAUCCGCUGAAGUGGUGGCCGUAGAUUGUUUCGGAUUUAUCCUGGUAGGAGACGCAGGAAAUGCAAGGAUUCAGGUGUUUCAACCCGACGGGAAAUUCGUUAGGAUCUUCGGAGGCACUGAAGGAUUUGAAUGGAUUUCUGGUAUAUACGUUACUCCGGAACUGGAUAUUAUUUGCACGGAUAAGAGAAAACGAACUUUAAGAAUAUUUUAAAAUUCAAAACAAGUAUAGAGAUAUCUCUGUGAGAGUAUAUUAUAUUAGCAAUAAUUUAUAGGUAUUAAGCAAGUAGUAUAAUUUUUCUUUAGCACAAACUAUUGUGAUCAUAUAAAUAGCAGUUACUCAACAUUGUUUUAAUUACACAGAACGAU